UUUAAUACGUUACUGCGCAUAUGUAGUUGGAUGGAUGUCCUUUAACACCAAUCGUUAGCUAUUAUAGAUAUAGGUCGAAAUUAUAUUUCUUCCCUGUAAUCCAAGAGGCUUUUUCCUUCAGAAACUCUUUGAGUGCGUUAUAUUAAAACAGCUUGAAAUAGGAGGAUUGACAUGACUGCUCGAGGCACUCCUAGUCGUUUUUUACAAAGCGUUCUUCAAAAUGGAGUUGGUCGAUACGUGUGUCAGCUGAAACGCGUGUCCAUAAUUUUCUCUAAGAAUGCGCAGAGUUCCUUAGGAGUUAGGGAAUUUCUUGAGGAUGGUGUAGUUGACUUCGCCAAAAAGAACCAAGGAAUUGUUGUGUACGUGUCUCCACAGUCCUGUAGAAUUCCAAAAGUGGUUGCUGAAUAUCUCAAUGGUAAUGUAAAGGAAGAGCUUGUCACCAAUAAAACGGCACAGCAGAUUGCAGAACUGAUUACCAAGAUGUCCAACCAGUCAGGCCUGGACAUUAUCCGUAUCAGAAAGCCCUUCCAUACAAACAGCCCCAGUAUCCAAGGACAGUGGCAUCCCUUCACCAACCGACUACCCAGCAAGGAUCCAGUUGGCCCGCAGGCUGAAUAAAGACUUCAUAGUUAUGCAUUUCUAUUUGUAUACUGGUUACAAACUGCAAUGUGAAUAUGAUCAUUAUGGCUACUAACUUCCUUUUUACAAGACUGUUCAGGAACAUUUGUUCAUUUACAUGCCACUAAUAAUAUAGACUGGGGAGCAGCUUUGCUCUGUUCUUGGUAAGGUUGCAGGUUCUGAGAUGUCUUUUUAAAUGUGUGAACUAGCAUUGAUUACCCUUGGGUUUUCUAGUACUUGACAUCUGUAGCCUACAUUCAGUAAAGCUCACAUAAGCUUUUUCCAACAUUAAAAUCACCUCUGUAGGGGCGAAACUGGUGAAGUGACCUGGUCAUAUGCUGAACUUUGUAAUAGGACACAUUUAAAUUGUGUGCCUAGAAGGGUAUGAUUACUCUCACUAGAAAGGAGUUAGCUGGUUAACCAGUGUUUUAAGGAUAAUCUAAUGGGGAUAAUUAUGAAGUAAUGAAGCUGUAUAUCAAAAAAAGAAAUUUGAAUAAAAAGAUAAUAUUAAGUGCUUAAGAUUAAAAAUUGUGAAAUGCAGGCUGGAGUACAGUAACGUCUUUGAGAGCUGCUUUGUUAGGUCAGCUGCUCAGUGGCAUGAGCAGGCAUUUCAUUUUCUGGUCAAUUCUUGAUAUAUUGUAAUUAACUACAUUAUGUGGAGUAAUUUAGAAGGGUAUCAGAACUAAUACAUGGUUGUAAAGGCUGGGGGUGGAGACAGUUGAUUGUGAAAGAAAACAGUAGGCAGAGAUUAAUAUUAAUACAUGAUAUUUCUUAUAGCCAGAUUAGAACAGAAUACUCCAGUCACAUCGUUCAGUGAAAGCUCGGCUGCCCUAUUAUGGGGAUUAAAGAAAGUUCUAAGUAAAGUACUGUUGCUAGGUAACAGCUAUAUAUGGGACAAUCAAAUGGGCCUGCUAAACAUCUAGAAAAGCUUGGUUAACUAUGUACAUACAGGAUUGUCACCAAAUGGACUAGUGUUAGUCUUUUUUUUUUUUUUUUU